CCGGCCGGAGCGAGGUGGAGCGAGGCGCAGCGAGGCUGGAGGGGCGGGAGGACUACGCUCCAGCUGCUUGUGCUGCGCGCGAGAUACCAUGUCCGGAGGCAGCAGCUGCAGCCAGACCCCAAGCCGGGCCAUCCCGGCCACUCGCCGGGUGGUCCUAAGCGACGGCGUGCAGCUGCCGCCCGGGGACUACAGUACCACCCCCGGCGGCACGCUCUUCAGCACCACCCCGGGAGGUACCAGGAUCAUCUAUGACCGAAAGUUCCUAAUGGAGUGUCGGAACUCACCUGUGACCAAAACACCCCCACGGGACCUGCCCGCCAUUCCCGGGGUCACUAGCCCUGCCAGCGAUGAGCCCCCCACAGAAGCCUGCCAGAACCACCUGCGCAACAGCCCAGAAGAUAAGCCUGCGGGUGGCGAAGAGUCACAGUUUGAGAUGGACAUUUAAAGGACCUGCCAUUGGAUCAAGCCAUGCCUUUGGGCACCUCUGGCCCUCCUCAGGAGGAGUCACACCAGCCAGGCCUUAUAGAAGUUAUCAUCGGUGCUCGCUUUGGAAGCACAUAUACUAAAAUUGGAAAGAAAGUUAUCAACUUGGACAGGCAUUGGGUAUGGGGUGAGCCACCCCAGUCCUCUGCUCCCUCACUCAGGGCACCUGCUCCUCUUCCUCCUUCUUUGUGAAUACCAGCAGAUACCUCCAUGUGCCUCCACUCAUGCUGGAGCUGCUGCCCCAGUGGGAGUGACUCCCAAGAGCAUACCCUACAGCCCUGGGGCCAGGAAGUAGACAUAAGGACCCUUUUUGAAUGAUCAUCUGGCUCUUUCAGUACCAUCCUCUGGAGGCGCACCCACCCCUUCCUUAGCUUGGUGUAUGUGGGAAAGCUUCCCUCCCCCUUCUUCCCCAAGAGAGGAAAUAAAAGCCACCUUCACCCCAGGGCCAGGAGUUGGCCCCUGUCUGAGCUCUUUUCAACUCCAUAUGGAUAACUAACACCAACUGCUAUCACUGGGUGUUAUAAAGCACUUUCCUAUACUUGUCUCAUUCGAUUCUCAUGCUGAUCUUGUUAAGUAAGUAGAGCAAGUAUCAUUUUCAUUUUACAGCUCAGAAGACUGGCUCAGAAGUUAAAAUCACACACUAGUAACUGAGAGAUGGGACUGGGUUUGAGCUGUGCUGCUCUUUAUCUCUUGUUUUUCAGUGGUGGAUGUUACCUCUCUUCUGGGCUUUGUCUCCCGGAGCCGGUCUAUUCCCUGCGAAAGUCAAAGGGGAGAAGAGACUUGAGACUCUUUGAUUCAUGUGCCCCUGAUGUUUGUCAAGUGAUCCCUUUGUGUGAGCUGUCAUGGGGGAUAAAACAUGAGACAAGC